AUGUCCAUCAUUCAGCAACAUACGGCGUCGUCGCUCACCGAUGCGUGGAGGACCAUCAAUAUCGACGCCCUCGACCCGGACUCUUCGCAAAACUUUGACACGUCGACGCUGCACCCGCCGCUGCCCGAGAUUAGCGAUGCCGACGUCCGCCAGCUGAAAGAGGGCGUGCGCCAGCUCCUCAGGGGCGGCGAUGCCGAGGGCGCAUUGAGGGGCUGUCUCGAGAGUCCGGUUUACAAUAGUGAUGAGGCUACAAAGGACGCACAUCUCCAGACAGUUCUCGAAGUUCUGCAGUCCAUCAAGGCGAGCGAAAUGACGCCGAUGCUGCAACGCAUUUACGCAUCAGAAGGCGGCAGCGAGCUCCUCGACGUACUGACCAAGUACUUGUACAAGGGCAUGAGCGCUUCCAGCGGACUCAAGGCACCUACACGGGCAGGCAGCAAUGUGACCCCACAAGCGACUGGCUUCAGCCAGAUGUCCGGCCGACCGGGCGCUGCCAAUGAGUCGACUGGUGCGGCCAUGAGCGUCUUGUUGAGCUGGCACGAAAAGGUUGUUGACGUUGCGGGCCUGGGCAGCAUUGGCCGAUGCAUGACGGACUGGAGAAAGGUGUAA